AUGGACUGGCCGCACAACCUGCUGUUCCUUCUCAUCAUCUACAUCUUCCUGGGACUGGGCCAGCCCAGAAGCCCCAAAGGCAAGAGGAAGGGGCAAGGGCGGCCUGGGACCCUGGCCUCUGGGCCUCACCAGCUGCCGCUGGACCUGGUGUCUCGGGCGAAGCCAUACGCCCGCAUGGAGGAGUACGAGAGGAACCUUGGGGAGAUGGUGGCCCAGCUGAGGAACAGCUCCGAGCCGGCCAAGAGGAAGUGUGAGGUCAACUUGCAGCUGUGGCUGUCCAACAAGAGGAGCCUGUCACCCUGGGGCUACAGCAUCAACCAUGACCCCAGCCGCAUCCCCGCGGACCUCCCGGAGGCGCGGUGCCUGUGUCUGGGCUGCGUGAACCCCUUCACCAUGCAGGAGGACCGCAGCAUGGUGAGCGUGCCUGUGUUCAGCCAGGUGCCUGUGCGCCGCCGCCUCUGCCCGCUGCCGCCGCGCGCCGGACCCUGCCGCCAGCGCGCAGUCAUGGAGACCAUCGCCGUGGGCUGCACCUGCAUCUUCUGA